UCAUAAUAGCAUUGGCUUUUAAGUUUGGCAACAAUGCCAAAUUAUGUUAUUAGACAUUUGACACUGUUGACAGUGACAUUACACAAUAAAAAAAAUGGCAAGUGGCCCCAAAAUAGCAACAACUCCUCUGGAAUUAUUAUCAGGACCAGCUCCUGAGCCUCCUUUUUUAAGCAAAUAUUGGGCACCGUUCGCAUGUGGUGUAAUAGGAUUUUCCAGCGUUUGCUUAGCUAACUAUGUCACGAAAAGACCAGUUUGGAGCGGCCUCCAGAAACACGUACUGUUAUCUGCCGGUUUAGCGGGUAUCGGUAAGGUCGUUGAUGAUUAUAGGAACCAAUAUAUGGCUGAUAGGGACGCUGUAUUAAGACAUUAUGUUGAACUUCACCCUGAAGAUUUUCCACCUUUCGAGAGGAAACAAUAUAAGGAUAUCCUAGAAUCUUGGAUUCCCAUUCGUUAAUAGAUUUUGAAAUUUGUAUAGUUUUAUUGUGAAUUGAAAUAAAUUAGAUUGUUACUAUAUAGGAGAAAUAAAAC